AUGUCAGAAGAACUCAACGUUGCUGCAGUGCUUCACCCGAAGCCUGAGAAGUUCCAAGAGGUUGCUACCCUUGUUACUGAAUUGGUUAAGAAGGUGCAAGAGAAUGAACCCAAUACUCUUCUCUACUAUGCUUUCCAAGUCCAGGAGAAGAAUGAGAUCGUGAUUAUUGAGAGAUAUCAGAACCAAGCGGCAGUCCAGGCCCAUGUCAAAGCCCCCUAUUUCAAAGACUUUGCUGCCAAGAUUCCCGACUUAUCUGAAAGACCCUGGGAGCUACGCGCUGGAACAUUCUCGGGUUCACGAGGAGUGUCGCGACUGUAA